UGCAGCAGCCCAGAAGUGAGCGUCGAGCCACAGCAGGUGGCAGUAGGACCCAGAGGAAUCCUUUGGCUGCAAGUGAAGAGUCACAGGCAUUGAGCUCAGAGAGAUUCCUGCUAAAGAGAGGAAAGCUGCAUCUGAGGGAAGCAGGGGGGUCUGAGGCAGCCGGUGAUGGGAGCAACAGUGCUGUAAGGAGAUGAUCUGCUCCAUCUGUCUGACCAGCAUCUGAUACUGCAAGCCCAGGGCGGAGGCAGAGGAGGCCGGGGUGUAAACAAACAGCUGUACACGGCAUGAGGAAGAGUUGGCCAUAAAAUUACCAAAGGAGGGGUCCAUCACGAGAAGCACUAUGACUGAUGGGGACUAUGACUAUCUGAUCAAGCUCCUGGCUCUGGGGGAUUCCGGAGUCGGGAAAACGACAUUUCUGUACCGAUACACAGACAACAAGUUCAAUCCUAAAUUCAUCACAACAGUGGGAAUAGACUUUCGGGAAAAGAGAGUGGUAUACAGCAAUGCAGGACCAGGCAACACUCAUGGCAAAACUUUCAAGGUGCAUUUGCAACUCUGGGACACUGCUGGGCAAGAACGGUUCCGAAGCCUUACCACAGCGUUUUUCAGAGAUGCCAUGGGCUUCUUGUUGAUGUUUGAUCUCACUAGCCAACAGAGCUUCUUGAAUGUCAGAAACUGGAUGAGCCAACUUCAAGCAAACGCUUAUUGCGAGAAUCCCGACAUGGUAUUGAUUGGCAACAAGGCCGACUUGUCAGACCAAAGAGAGGUAAAUGAAAGGCAAGCAAAGGAACUUGCAGAUAAAUACGGUAUUCCCUAUUUUGAGACAAGCGCCGCUUCUGGGCAAGAUGUGGAGAAGUCAGUGGACAUUCUUCUGGACUUGAUAAUGAAACGAAUGGAACAGUGUGUGGACAAGACCCAAGUACCAGAUGCUGUUAAUGGUGGGACCCCUGGGAAACUAGAUGAAGCCAAGCCAGAAGGAAGGAAGUGUGCAUGCUAAGAUAAUCUACAAACUGGGAGAAUCAGAUAUACCAAUGGGCAAAUGGCUGAGCAAAACCACUUUCCCAGGAACCCACCGGGCCACUGACCUGUGCUCUUCUGCCAUUAAUCUAUUCCUAACAUUCCAAAAGAGACUCUCCCCCUGGGAUUUCCCUUGGUACUGUGUAGCAGUGGUGGUGAUCGGGUUGGUUUGGUAUUUGAGGAAUACUCAGAGUUGCUAUUCACACUAGUUACUCAUCACUGCUAUAUGGCAAUGCACUUGUGAAGGAAUUGUCAACCAUGAGAUGCACAUUGAAAGGAAAUAUAAAGAGGAAAAAGCUGUUACUACUGUAUAACGCAACGAAAAAUAUUCUAUUUUGGUGUUGUUACAGGUCAGAUUUUCAUUGUGCCAUUCGCUGCAAGCCUCCUCCCGUAUUGCAAGCACGUGAUUGAAUUAGGCAAUACCGGCUUCUGUUUUAUUACCACUGAGUCAUGUAUUAUAUGGACUUUGUGCUGUUAACAUGGAAAAAAAGUAAAAUAAGUCCUGUCUUAUACGUGGAGAAAAAUCCUGCUCAACUGUUUGUGGCUGAUUCUACGGUAUCUGUUCAAUGUUAGCGCUUGGCAUCUCUUUAUUGCUAUUGGCAAAACAAUUAUCAAAAGUGCUGUUACAAUCAGGGGCUUGGUGAGCCUCAUCUGAAUGUUGACCAUACGCUGUUUAAUGAUAGCCACAACUCUCUCGGGUGCUUAAAUGUUUCAAUUCAAGGAGUCGGCGCACGCAGGAAGAAUAGACAUGACCCGGCUGGACGCUAUGGAAUUUCCUUUUCCUCCAUCUUUGGGAAAUGGUCUACAUAUUGGGAUUUAAAAGGUUGAAAGUUCUAUUCUAAUUUCUGUCUAAAAUUUAACGGCCGCUGUUAAAACUAUUAAAGAAAAAUAUAUUACCUGUUUAUAAAAACAUAACCGUCCAUUUAUUUUUCCAUUUGAGUAGUAUGUAUAGUGUCAGGCCAUGGUUUAUUGUGUGUGCACAGAGCUGUCUAUAUGUUUGUAUUGAUAUGGGUGGGUAUUUUCUUUGAAUGAUUAAACUCAUUAUAAAAAAAAAAAA